AUGUCGGGCCAGACGGAUGAUGCCGACCCCAGCCCGAUGAAAAAACUCAGCACCAUGUUCUCCUCCCUGCAGGACAAAAGAAUGCACAGAGACAAGAGUGAGAAGGAGCCAAGCGUACCCCAGCCAGUGGCCACGGCCCCAGAGCGCCCCUCUACCCAGGAAGGAUGCAGUCAGUUCUUUUUUGAAUACCUUGUGGUUGUCAGUCUCAAGAGGAAAAGGAAUGAGGAGGGUUAUGAGCCCCAAAUUACCUACCAGUUUCCCAAGCGUGACACUAUGGGAAAGUCACAGAAGGAGGACGAGGAGAAGUCUAUGAAGGCCAUAACCCUUUUCUGCUUCCCAGAGGGAGUUAACUGGGCCCCUCUGACAGAGUACCGCAGUGAAACAUUCUCCUUUGUUUUGACUGAGAUUGACGGGAGCAGAAGGAAUGGCUACUGUAGGAGGUUACUGCCCCAUGGUAAAGGAGCUCGCCCACCGGAGGCCUACUGCAUCAUCAGCCGCGUGGCCUGUUUCGGAUUGUUUUCUAAGAUCUUUGAUGAGGUGGAGAAGAGGAGACAAAUCUCCAUGGCAAUGAUCUACCCUUUCAUGCUGAGCCUGAGAGAGUCACCAUUUCCUGCCCCAGGGAACACUGUGACGAUCAAGAGCUUUAUCCCAGAGUCUGGUACUGAGAUCAUCACUCUGACUCGACCCCUUGACUCAUGGCUAGAGCAUGUGGACUUCCGCACGCUGUUCCGCUGCAUGACCGAUGGGGAGGUCCUGCAGGUUUUCGCUGCCACUGUUUUAGAACGACGGAUCAUUUUCAUUGCUGACGAGCUCAGCACCCUGUCCCAGGUGGUCCAUGCUGUGGCAGCUUUGCUCUAUCCAUUCACCUGGCAACACACCUUCAUCUCCAUAGUGCCCAAGGUGCUCAUUGAUGUUGUCAUGGCACCCACCCCCUACCUACUUGGAGUUCAGAGAAAUAUGUUAGAAUUUGUCACUGACCAGAGUGAUCUGCUUAUAGUGGAUCUGUCAGACGGAGCUGAGAAGAAAUUCAUUACCCAAAUUGGAGAUGAGGACAGCAUUCUUCCCCCAAAACUGAAAGAAGAACUCUUGCAAGCACUGCGUGUCAGAAAAGAGAACUCAACCACAGAGGAAUUGAAUGCUGUAAUUUCUGAAGCGUUCAUAUCUUUCUUUGUGAAGACUGUGGGCCAUUUUGCUGACCAUAUCAAACGCAGCAGUAACAAACAACAACAGGGCACUUUUCAGAAGAAGAACUUUUGUAAGGCAGUGGAAACGAAAGCAAACCGAAAUUUUGUCAAGCACUUUGUCCAAACACAGAUGUUUGAUCUCUUUAUCCAGGAGGUGGAGAAGCAGCCCAAUCAGGAAGGAUUCUUUCAUAAAAAGGUAGCAGAAUACCGCAUCAGCAAGAACAAAGAGGGCACCAAAUUUGGAUGGUUGAAGAGUGCAGUUGUUUGA